AUGAUGGCGGCGUCGCUGUUACGCCGGGACAAGAAAGCUACUGCCGCCCACCUGAAGGCAGACUUAAAGCGAACUGACAACAGUUCUGCGGUCCGACAAAUUCACGAGCUGCUGGAUGACGUGCUAAAUCCCGAAAAACCAGCGACGGACACAGAAGCGCUUGACUGGUGUAAAUGUCUAAUUGCAGGAGGCGAAGCGUUCGAGGAGUUCUGCAAAACGGUCCGUUCUUAUGACAACGCGACCUUGUGCGGCUUGGUAUGGACGGCGAAUUUUGUGGCAUAUCGAUGUCGGACCUGUGGAAUCUCCCCUUGCAUGUCACUGUGCGCCGAGUGCUUUAAUAACGGAGACCAUACGAGCCAUGACUUCAACAUGUUCCGGAGCCAGGCUGGCGGGGCCUGUGACUGUGGAGACAGUAAUGUCAUGCGAGAGAGUGGGUUUUGCAGACGGCAUCGGUCGAGGACGGGAGAGAAUAUUCCGACUAUUCCCAGAGAUCUUCUCAUGAUGUCAGAGUUGGUUCUGCCUCGCUUUAUCCUCUCUGUCAUACAGUAUUUGAGGGAUGGAUACACCGAAACUGACACCUCUUCUGAGAGAGAUCUACAAAAGGUUCUUCAGCAGCUGGAGCCUCAAAUCUCCUUCCUGGAAGAGCUCACAAAAAUGGGCGGAGCAAUGCGGACUGUCCUAACAAAGAUUUUGACCAAUCAGCAAACAUUCAAGGAGUUGAGCAUGGGCCAGGAGGAUAAUUUGUUUGCGAAAAAGAACUAUGACAAGUAUUUGGCUGCAUUGAAGAAUUCUGGCCUGGUGUCUGUGGAGGACAAGGCGCAAAGUACUAGCGACGUCACUGUGGGUGCCGAAGGAGGCGCUGAAGCUCUACUGGGAUCAGCAGCACCAGGGAGCCCAGAUGAGUCGAGCAAAGAGGAGGACCAAGAUGCGGGACAGUCUGUCGGCCAGAGAAAGAGGGUUAAGCUGAGUAGCAGUACAAAAGAUUUGUCUAUUAUUGAAUGUUUGAAGCAUAAAUGUUUUUUGGAAGAGCUCCUGUUUUGGACAAUCAAGUACGAGUUUCCUCAGAAAAAGGUGACCUUCUUACUAAACAUGUUACCAGAUCAAGAUUACAAGAUCACUUUUACAAAAACAUUUGUCCAGCAUUAUGCAUUUAUUAUGAAAACUCUGAUGAAAAGUCACGAGUCGGACACAAUGUCCAACCGUAUUGUACAUAUCAGCGUGCAGUUGUUCAGCAACGAGGAACUGGCUCGCCAUGUGACUGAGGAGUGUCAGCUGCUGGACAUCAUGGUCACUGUCCUCCUUUACAUGAUGGAGAGUUGCCUUAUUAAAAGUGAACUUCAGGAUGAAGAAAACAGUCGCCAUGUUGUGGUGAACUGCAGUGAGGCUCUGUUGAAGAAUAACACCUACUGGCCCUUAGUUAGUGAUUUUAUCAACAUCUUGUCACACCAAAGUGUCGCAAAAAAGUUCCUGGAAGACCAUUCUUUGUUGAUGCUGUGGAUGAGUUUUGUGUCAUUUUUCCAAGGAAUGAACCUGAAUAAGCGGGAGUUGAAUGAGCAUGUAGAGUUUGAGUCUCAGACAUACUAUGCAGCAUUUGCAGCUGAGCUGGAGGCCUGUGCACAACCAAUGUGGGGUCUUUUAACUCACUGCAAAGUCAAAGAGACGCAGGAGUACACUAAAACUGUAGUUCGCUACUGUUUGGAAACUCUACAAAUUUGGUUUGAUGCAAUCAGCUUUAAUGAUGAGCCUUUGCCAAAUCAAGUGACAUUUCACUUACCACUGCACCGCUACUAUGCUAUGUUUCUCAGUAAGGCUGUAAAGUGCCAAGGCCUGGAUUUAGACAGUCUAUUGCCUGACCAAGAGAUGCUGAUGAAGAUCAUGGUCCAUCCCCUGCAAAUUCAGGCAUGUCUGUCCGAGAUCCACAGCAACAUGUGGGUCAGAAAUGGGCUGCAGAUAAAAGGACAAGCUAUGACCUACGUGCAGUCACACUUCUGCAACUCCAUGAUCGACCCUGACAUCUAUCUACUCCAGGUUUGCGCAUCAAGACUUGAUCCUGACUACUUCAUCUCUAGUGUUUUUGAGAGGUUCAAAGUGGUUGAUCUUUUGACCAUGGCUUCUCAACAUCAGAAUGCUGUGUUGGACUCUGAACAAGAAAGACCAAUGCUAGAAGGUGCUCUGACCUUCUUAGUCAUACUGACAAGCCUUCGCAUUCAUUUAGGGAUGACUGAUGAUGAGAUCCUUCGGGCUGAGAUGGUCUCACAGUUGUGUAUGAAUGAUCGCACGCACAGCUCACUGUUAGACCUUAUUCCCGAGAAUCCAAACCCAAAGAGUGGAAUUGUACCAGGGAGCUGCAGUUUUGAGGAAAUGCUGUCUGCCGUAGCUGAUUUUAAAGCGCCAGUGUUUGAGCCAGGAGGUUCCAUGCAGCAGGGAAUGUACACGCCGAAAGCUGAGGUAUGGGAGAAUGAGUUUGACCCCAUCAUGGUUGUUCUCAGAACUGUGUAUCGACGUGAUGUACAGUCUGCAAUGGACCGAUAUUCAGCAUUUUUGAAGCAGUCUGGCUUUCACACUGGUAACCCAUGGCCACCGUACAAGGAGAGGACUCCCCUGCACCCCUGCUAUAAAGGCCUAAUCAAACUAUUGCACUGCAAGACCCUGCACAUUGUGAUAUUUACUCUUCUGUACAAGAUAUGGAUGGAUCAUCAAAACAUGUCUGAACAUGUGUUGUGCAUGGUGCUAUAUUUAAUUGAGCUGGGCUUGGACAACCAGGUUCAAGACAGUAAAGAAGAUGAGGAGCCUUGCAUUGAGGAACACUGUCAUGACAGUUGGUUCCCUGGCACCAAUCUCAUCUCCAAUCUGCACCAUGUCAUUAACUUUGUGAGAGUGAGAGUUCCUGAGACUGCUCCUGAAGUAAAACGCGAGGCUCCGCCUAGCACUAGCUCAGAAGCUUCAAGUUAUGGCCAGAACCUGCGGGAAGCCCAGGUAUUCAGCCUUGUCGCGGAGCGCAGAAGGAAGUUCCAGGAGAUAAUUAACCGCAGCAGUUCAGAGGCUAAUCUGGUCGUCCGGCCCAAGAGUUCUUCGACACGAUGGGUGCCACCAGGUACGCCUCCGCAGCUGGUGACGGAGAUCUUGGAGAUAAGAGAGAGCAUGUUGUCCCUCCUCAUCAAGCUGCACCAGAAGCUCUCGUCCAAGCAGAACUCACUGUCGGAAUCCUGGCUAGAUAAUAUGGACACGAGCCGUCACGCUCAUGGAGAUGGUAUUACAGCCAUCGAGCGUAUACUCACUAAGGCAGCCACGCGGAGUUAUCAAAUCAAGCGUAGCAUUCAGGACAUUUGUGGAAAGGUUUAUCCUCCUGUGCCACCAAAGAAGAACAGUCCAACAGACAAGAAAGCCAUGGAUAAAGAAGAACGGCGUCAGAGAGCUCGAGAGAGGCAACAGAAGUUGCUUGCUGAGUUUGCCUCCAGACAGAAGAGUUUCAUGGAAACCGCGAUGGAUGUUGAAUCUCCAGAAACCGAGGCAGCCAUGGACCUGGGAGCAUCUGAGAUGAUGGAUUCAGAGGUUCUUUAUGACUGUGUGAUCUGUGGACAAAGUGGACCCUCCACAGAGGACAGACCUACUGGACUAGUUGUUCUCCUCCAGGCCUCCUCAGUGCUUGGACAUCGCUGCAAAAGCAUGGAAGCAAAGAAUCUCCCAACCAGUGACGAAGAACACAUUUACUCUGCUGACACUUGUGCAGUGGCUAACGACGUCCGACUCACCCUCUUACAGCGGUUCUUCAAGGAUAGCUCCUGUCUUCAGUCUGUGUCAAUAGGUUGGGACGGGGGCGUCUACGUGCAGACUUGCGGACACACUUUGCAUAUAGAUUGCCACAAGUCAUACAUGGAGUCUCUGAGGAAUGACCAGGUCCUGCAGGGAUUCUCUGUUGACAAGGGUGAAUUUACUUGCCCACUAUGUCGACAGUUUGCCAACAGUGUCCUUCCCUGUCGACCUGGACGCGGCUCAGAGGCCGGUGCGUGGUACACUCCCUCAAACAAAAAGACCAGUGUGCUAAUAAAGGAAGUGGAUGCUCUGCAGGACAACCUAGGCCUUUUCCCAACUGAAUCCAACUUGAGCAAAGAGAUGGAGUUGGUCAUCAAAGACAUUAAGAACACCACCCAGAAAAAGUACAUGGACUAUGGAAAGAAUCCUUGCUCCCCUGACAAUGAUUUCCUCUUCUUGUACUCCUUGGCAAGGACCAACCUGGAAUUAGAACUUGUACACCGGGGAGGCAACCUAUGUUGUGGUGGAGCCAGUGCAGCUGCAAAGCGCUCAUGUCUCAAUCAGCUAUUUCAUGUGUUGGCCAUGCACAUGCGUCUUUACAGCAUUGAUUCUGCCUACAAUCCCUGGACAAAGCUGACUCAACUUACACAAAGCAGAGAGCCAGAUGGUUUUGAUGAAGAGAGACCCGAAGUACCCAUGCUGUUUAGAGACGUUCCUUCUCUGUUGAUUAUCUUUGUGCUGACCAUGCCGCAUCCUCUUCGAAAAGAGCACUUUACUUGUGUGGUGAAGAUGCUGUACAACUUGCAGUUCACCCAGGCUCUGGCUGCACUCUCAACUAAGCUAAGGCCAGAAGAAAGGCAAGCCUGGACCUCAUCUGGAGCAAUCAAAAAGGCCCAUGCAAAUGCAGAGACGUCUUUUGAAGCACUCCUCGGUCACGUUAUCAGUGAGUUGUCGAAGAGCAACAGUGUCUAUGCAGUGAAUAUGGAAGAUAUAUUGCUAAGCUCUAGUGUGUGGUCCCCACAAUCUGUUGAGUUCAGCCUCCAGCAGUACUGCCUGCCCUUCCUUCGACUCUCUUGCCUUCUGCAACACCAUCUCUAUGGGGACAACCUCACCAGCUGCUUGGAGCAGGAAGAGUUCUCGUCCCUGGCCAUGUGUUUGGGGCUCGUACCUCCACCCUCCUUGGCUUCAAAUCCAGUCAACAGUGCCUCGUGUCUUGAGUGGGCGGUCAGCGCCUUUGACUUGAUCACACAGUGGUGUGCCGAGGUCAUAGGGCUCUCUCAGGUGCAGGCAGAGCAAUCGCUGACCCUGCUAGUCCAGGAUCCUCAGUGGGCACCGCCCCGCCUCCUCCAGCUGCCUGACAACUACAAUAUCAUCUUCCAGUACUACCACAGGAAGGCCUGCACUGUGUGUAAAAAGGUGCCAAAGGACCCUGCGCUUUGCCUUGUCUGUGGCGCCUUUGUCUGUCUCAAGGGGGUUUGCUGCAAGCAGCAGGGUAUCUGUGAAUGUGUUUUGCACUCCCAACACUGUGGUGCUGCUACUGGCAUCUUUCUACUGAUUAACGCCUCAGUCAUCAUCAUCAUUCGCGGACAUCGCUUCUGUCUCUGGGGUUCUGUUUACCUUGAUGCCCACGGGGAAGAGGACCGUGAUUUACGCCGUGGAAAACCUCUCUUCUUGUGUGAAGAGAGAUAUCGAGUGUUGGAGCAACAGUGGGUUUCACACACCUUUGACCACAUCAAUAAGCGCUGGGGGCCCCACUAUAACGGACUCUAA